GCAUCCAAAGAAGGAAAAGCCUCUCCAUUUUCUUCAUUUUCUUUUAUUUUCCCUCAAAACUCUUCCCUUCUUCUAUUAUCCUCCUCCCGUCUUCUUCUUCUUCACUGAAGCUCAAGAAAACAAAAUCUGCAACAAACAGCACAAAAAAAGCUUCGAAAAGUAGUUGAGAAAUGGCACAUAUUCUGCUUCAUGGCACCCUUCAUGUCACCAUUUAUGAAGUCGAUAAACUUCACUCUGGUGGUCGCAAUUUCUUGAAACAGUUGGUUGAAAACGUAGAAGAAGCAGUUGGGUUUGGGAGAGGAGUGACAAGGCUAUAUGCAACCAUUGAUCUUGAGAAAGCCAGAGUUGGAAGAACAAGAAGGCUUGAGAGAGAACAUUCAAACCCAAAAUGGUACGAAACUUUCCAUAUUUACUGUGCUCAUAUGGCUUCCAACAUCAUCUUCACUGUCAAAGACGACAAUCCCAUUGGAGCAACCUUAAUUGGCAGAGCAUAUUUGCCUGUUCGAGAGAUCAUUCAUGGUGAAGAAGUUGACAAAUGGGUUCCAAUCUUAGAUGAACGCAAGAAUCCCAUUCGUGGGGAGCCUAAAAUUCAUGUCAAAUUACAGUAUUUCGAUGUCACCAAGGAUCAAAACUGGGGUCGUGGUAUCAAAAGCCCCAAGUUUCCUGGUGUUCCCUACACUUAUUUCUCUCAAAGACGAGGUUGUAAGGUAACUUUGUAUCAAGACGCUCAUGUUCCAGACAACUUUAUCCCCAAAAUCCCUCUUGCUGGGGGUAAAUUUUAUGAGCCUCAUAGAUGUUGGGAAGAUGUUUUUGAUGCUAUUACUAAUGCCAAACACUUGAUUUAUAUUACUGGAUGGUCUGUUUACACUGAGAUUUCUUUGGUGAGAGAUAGAAGAAGGUCAAAGCCUGGUGGAGAUAUAAUGCUCGGCGAAUUGCUUAAGAGAAAGGCAGGGGAAGGAGUUAGAGUUCUUUUGCUUGUUUGGAAUGAUACAACUUCUGUUCCUAUAUUGAAGGAGGAGGGUUUAAUGGCAACUCAUGAUGAAGACACUGCUAAGUAUUUUGCUAAUACUGAUGUCCAUUGUGUUUUGUGUCCUCGCAAUCCUGAUGAUGGGGCUAACGUUAUUCAGGACAUUGCUGUUGGUACAAUGUUCACUCACCAUCAGAAGAUUGUUGUGGUGGACAGUGCGUUACCUAGUGGGGAUCCAAACAGAAGGAGAAUUGUUAGUUUUGUUGGUGGGAUUGAUCUUUGUGAUGGUAGGUACGAUACUCCAUUUCAUUCCCUUUUCAGGACUUUGGAUUCUGCUCAUCAUGAUGAUUUCCAUCAGCCGAAUUUUGCCGGUACUUCCAUAAACAAAGGUGGUCCUAGAGAGCCAUGGCACGACAUCCAUUCCCGCCUUGAAGGACCCGUUGCGUGGGAUGUUUUGUACAACUUUGAACAGAGAUGGAGGAAGCAAGGUGGGAAGGAUUUGCUUUUGAAGUUGAGGGAUUUAGAUGAGAUCUUCAUCACUCCAUCACCUGUCACAUUCCCGGACGACUUCGACAGUUGGAAUGUUCAAGUUUUCAGGUCUAUCGAUGGUGGGGCGGCUUUCGGUUUCCCCGACUCGCCUGAAGAAGCAGCAAAAGCAGGGCUGGUAAGUGGAAAAGACAACACCAUUGAUCGAAGCAUUCAAGAUGCAUACAUUAAUGCCAUUAGAAGAGCAAAGAAUUUCAUAUACAUUGAAAAUCAGUAUUUCCUUGGAAGCUCAUUUGAAUGGAGAGGUGAUGAUGUGAAGCCUGAGAUGAUCAAUGCUCUGCAUCUAAUCCCAAAGGAACUUUCACUUAAGAUUGUGAGUAAGAUUGAAGCUAGAGAGAGGUUCACAGUGUACAUUGUUGUUCCCAUGUGGCCUGAAGGAUUUCCUGAAGGGGGAACAGUUCAAGCAAUAUUAGACUGGCAAAGGAGGACAAUGGAAAUGAUGUAUAAAGAUAUAGUUUUAGCUCUUAGAGCUAAUGGCAUAGAAGAGGAUCCUAGAAACUAUCUGACAUUCUUUUGUGUUGGGAAUCGUGAAGUUAAAAUGCCUGGUGAAUAUGAACCAUCAGAAUCACCUGAAGAAAAUUCUGAUUACCUUAGAGCCCAGCAAUCUAGGCGUUUCAUGAUUUAUGUUCAUGCCAAGAUGAUGAUCGUUGAUGAUGAGUACAUAAUAGUGGGAUCAGCCAACAUCAACCAAAGAUCAAUGGAUGGUGCAAGGGAUUCAGAGAUAGCAAUGGGAGCUUAUCAGCCAUAUCAUUUAUCAACAAGAGAGCCAGCAAGAGGCCAAGUCCAUGGCUUCCGUUUGGCAUUAUGGUAUGAACAUUUAGGAUUGCUUCAUCAAUCCUUCCUGUUCCCAGAAAGUAUUGAAUGUGUUAAAAGAGUAAACCAACUUGCCGAAAAGUAUUGGGAUCUAUACUCAAGUGAGAGCUUUCAACAUGACCUUCCUGGCCAUUUGCUUCGCUACCCCAUUGCCGUCUCCGCUGACGGUCAAGUUACCGAGCUUCCCGGGUUCGAGUACUUCCCCGAUACUAAGGCGCGAGUUCUAGGUAACAAAUCUAACUAUCUCCCUCCAAUCCUCACUACUUGAACAGAAAACACUUUUUUACUAACUGUUGUAAAAAUGAAAAAUGCUGCCUUUUCUUCCUUCAAGUUUGCCUUUCAUAUGUACUCUUUGUUGUGUGAUGCGAAAGCAAGACAUCAUCAUGUGUUUUAUGAUAUGGUUUAAUGUUAUGAAUGUGACUGAAGUGGCUUAUAAUAAAAUGUUUGGCUAUUUGCUUGUA